UAAACGGGGCAGCUGAAAGGGGAAGUAAAACUCGCGUGGCUUGUUUGACAGCAGUGAUUGCCACUUUCAGCUUGUGUCCGCUGUUGUAGCGAUAAACAGUGUCCAGCGAUGGCUCAAUAAACCGCUGAUCGAUGAUUUUAAUGCGCUGAACUGAGAGAGCUGUAGAUCAGGCUAACAAUGCUAAGCUAGCACCAGUUGAUCUGAGGUGUUCCCGCAUUGAGUGAAUGUGUGACUCUUCACCCUUCCCAGGAUUAAAUACCCGCACUUUCAACUGAAACAGGAUUUGGUUUUUUACUUCAGACCUGCAUUUUAAACAUUUAAGCAUGGAGACGUUUGAAAGCGAAAGAGCUCCACUGCCCAGGAACAUGAUUGAGAACAGCAUGUUUGAGGAAGAGCCAGAUGUGGUGGAUUUGGCGACGGAGUCCCCAUCCUACCCCAUCGACUCAGACGAUGUGGUCUAUGAACCCCGCAGCUCGCGACUGUUAGUCAGAGGCCUUGGAGAAAACGACCUGGAUGAAGACGAGGAAGAUUAUGAAUCGUCUGCGCGUCUUCUUGGAAUGUCCUUCAUGAAUCGCAGUUCCAACCAGCGCAGCGCUGCCUCAUCCUACACCCGACAGCAGCAUUCUGGAUCGUGCUCCAAGCCUUCGACUAAGACUAUGGUGGCAGGUGGUGUUGUCCUGGUUCUGGUGGCCUCCAUGUUAAUGGUCUUCUACUUCCUGCUAGGCUGCACUUUCACCACAGCGGGCUGCCAGAAGCCCAAUUCGACCAUGGACAGCAUCUGUCCCAUUUCCACAAACGGUAAACUUUUCCCGUGGGCCGAGUUGAGGUUACCGCCCAGUGUGCAACCUGUGCAUUACAGUAUUUCACUCCAUCCCAACCUGACCCUCAUGACCUUCCAAGGCAGUGUAUCCAUCUUAGUGCAAGUCUUGCAUGAAACGAAGAAUAUUGUCCUUCACAGUUCUGAUAUGAACAUAAUCAAGGCCACUUUUGAAGGCAAAGAGGUCCACUUCCUGGAGUGCAAACCUUGGCAGCAAAUCGCCUUCAAAUUUCCAGAAGACCUUAAGAAGGGACAGUACGUUUUGAACAUUAACUACACAGCAAACCUCUCCAGCAACUUUGAUGGCUUCUACAACAGCUCAUAUGUCGACACAAAUGGUAUAAAAAGAGUUUUGGCUGCUACUCAGUUUGAGCCCUUGGCAGCCCGCAAGGCUUUUCCUUGUUUUGACGAGCCAGCUUUUAAAUCAACUUUUACAAUUAAGAUGACCAGAGAAAGCAAGUACAUCAGCCUUUCAAACAUGCCCAAGGUCAAAACCACAGAUUUAAAAAAUGGGCUUCAAGAAGAUGAGUUUGAGAAAAGUGUUAAAAUGAGCACUUACCUAGUUGCAUUUAUUGUGGCUGAUUUCAUCAGUGUCAGUAAUAAUGUCUCUAAAACUACGGUGUCUGUGUAUGCUGUUCCAGACAAAAAGGAAGAAGUGCAGUAUGCUCUUGACACAGCUUGCAAACUGUUGAAGUUCUACAAUACGUUCUUUGUGAAACACUACCCGUUAAGCAAGCUGGAUCUAGUGGCUAUUCCUGACUUCCUCGCCGGAGCCAUGGAGAACUGGGGACUAAUCACAUUCCGAGAGACGACUUUGCUAGUAGGGAGUAAUUCCUCCUCUAUAGACAAGCAACUGGUGACCUCUGUCAUUGCUCAUGAACUUGCCCACCAGUGGUUUGGAAAUCUGGUCACUAUGCGAUGGUGGAAUGAUCUUUGGCUGAAUGAAGGAUUUGCAACCUACAUGCAGUACAUGUCAAUUGAAACUGUGUUCCCAAGCCUUGACAUAGACACUGAAUUCUUAAAUGUUCGCUUUAAAGCGCUGGCCAAAGAUGCAUUGAACUCAUCCCACCCACUGUCUACUGUCGUGAGCACCCCUGAGCAGGUGGAAGAGAUGUUUGACUCUGUGUCUUAUGAGAAGGGGGCUUCGAUACUGCUGAUGCUCAAUGCAACACUCACAGAUGGGGAGUUUCCAAAAGGAGUGAUUGAGUACUUACAAAAGUAUAACCUAUCAAACACAGAAAGUGAAGACUUAUGGAACAGUCUUUCCCAGGUGAGCAAACAAAACUUAAGUGUAUCUGAGAUGAUGAACACCUGGACUGUUCAUAAGGGCUUUCCUCUAGUCACAGUGAAGAGAAGUGGCACUCAAGUGACACUGACGCAAGAACAUUUCCUUCUGAAUGCUGAAAACAGCACGGACGACAGCAGCUUGUGGCAUAUUCCCCUGACGUAUGUGACCGACAAAUGUAGUGUUCUCAGCUCCUGCAAGCAAUUGUUCCAUCUCAAGGAUAAAACAGCCACGUUAAACCUUCCAGAUCAAGUGAAGUGGUUGAAGUUCAACUUCAGGAGUGAUGGCUUCUACAUAGUGCAUUAUGAUGAGGAGGGAUGGAAGGACUUGAUUGAUGCUUUGAAGGAGGAUGUGAAUGUCCUCACCUGUAAAGACAGAGCAGCUCUCAUCAACAACAUCUUUGCUCUCUCCAGAUCGGGCAAGGUGUCUUUCAGACAGGUCUUAAAUCUAAUGGAUUACAUGAGAAAUGAGACAGAGACGGCGCCUCUGACCGAAGCUCUCUUCCAGCUUGGUCAGAUCUACAGGUUGCUGGACAAAAGAUCAGAAUUGAACUUGGCCUCUAGAAUGACGAGUUACAUUGAGGACCAUUUUGGAAGUUUAAUGGAGAGGGAGUCAUGGGAUCUGGAAACUUCUGUGUCAAAGAUGACGCUUCGGUCUGCCCUGCUGGAGAUGGCAUGUUCUCUUAACAUACAUAACUGCACAACACAGGCUAAGCAUCUGUUUGAUCAGUGGUUCACUUCCAACAAGACUUCUCAGAUUCCCAGUGAUCUCAUGAGAACAGUCUUCAAAGUUGCUGCUCAGACAGAUGAAGGAUGGGGUAAGCUUCUAGACGUGUAUAAACACUCCAUCAAUGACCCAGAGAAGCGCAAGACAUUGGAAGCUUUGGCCAGCACUCAGGAUGUACGGAAAAUCAUAUGGAUUCUACAGAAAAGUCUUGAUGGGAGUGAGAUUCAAACUCAAGAAUUUCCUUUGGUGAUGAAAACAAUUUGCAAGAACUUUGCUGGCUACCUCUACGCUUGGGAUUUUGUGAAGGAGAACUGGGAUAAAAUCACUCAAAAAUUUCCUGUCGGAUCCUUUGCCAUUCAGAGCAUCAUCAUGUCCGCAACCAGUCAGUUUUCCACAAAAACACAUCUCGUGGAGGCCCAGAACUUCUUCACUUCUCUGGGGACGAAAGGUUCUCAGAUGAGGAUCGUGCAGGAGGCCAUUGAGACCAUUCAGCUGAACAUGCGAUGGAUGGAGAAUAACUUGAACACGCUGCAGAGCUGGUUAUAGUGUGAGGAGGAGACGGCUCCUCUCUCGUGCCUCUCACUCCCUCAGGUGACGUCACCGAGCAUAUGCAGGUGCGAGUGAUAUUACUGUCACAACAGCCAGAGCCAUAAAUGUACAACGUUAGGCCAAACUCAAGACAGAAGGGCAGAUUUACCUGGACGUAAAGGGUCGUUUAAAAACAUUUCUUUUCAGGGCAUCAUAUAGGGAAUUUUCCUGAGUUCUCCAGUGAGCUGUAAACUAGCCAGAUAUCUGCCUGAGAACAUUUAGCCUUUAAUGCUCGCUUAUGUAAAUGAACAAGUCUGGAUAUAUUGAUGUAUUAUCUUUUCUCCAAGUUCAAAGUGAAUUGAAACCGUAUAGUCAGCAUGUGAUUUCCUGUGUCAUAACUUUAGUGUUAGUUGCUGCUCGGGAAAGGCUGAUGGGUUGUCUUUUUGCGGUUCACUUGGGGCCCAACUCGGUAUGUGUAUGACUCUGGCCUCAAGCACUAUUUGCACUAUUCAAAGAUUCAGCUUGCUCAGGGCAAAUCUGGUUGUUGUUAAAAUAUCAUGAUGCAUUUACACCCUUUUAUUUUAUGGCGGUAGCUAAAGACCAAAACCUCCCAUCAGUGUCUCCCUUAUCACGAUUUGCCAAAAAAUAAAAAUAAUAAUAAUUCUGAAAUUAUGCCAACAAUCCCCCUUUCUUCUAAAUGUAAAAGUUUUAUUUAUGUAUGUGGAGGUGGAAUUUUUUUUUAAUCAUCUGCGUUGUGUUUUCCAUAACUUUCAUCCUUUGCACAAGAUGUAUUUUGGAGUUUAAUUUAAAGUUGAGUGUGUAUGUUAUGUAUUUCUUGUGCAGGCUUUGCAUAUAGGUAAAGGUUUGUCAUUGGAAAUAUUGUGUUAGCAUUUCUAAAACAUUUAGGUGCCGAUUUUAUUUUGAGUUUUGCUUUGCACAUUCUGAUGAAGCUGAAAUAUUUUACAGUUCUGUUGUUAUACAUGUAUAAGAGACAAUGAGAAAAACUCUGUGAUUUGACAUAGAAAUAUAUUUGUUAGCAAGUCUUCAUGUACAGGGCUUUAGUUAACUUGUCAAAUUGCCACGAGACAAAAAAAGGGGCUCUAAAGUCACAUCACUGAUUGAGAGUUGUUACAUUUUUCACUGGUUGCUACUGAUUUGUACUCUUCAAGGAUUGUGUGUGUGUGUGUGUGAGAGAUGUUUUCUUCUCAUAUUUUUCCCAGAUUUUCAGGAAUUGUUUUCGAAAAUGUCAAAUGCUUUUUAGUUGGUCAAAAAUAUGGAGUCACAACCUCGCACAAAUGUAUGCGUCAAAGUGCACAUGUAUCCAACUUCUUGUAAACUCAUGAUACAGUCCACAAAUACAUGCACAUAAUUUUGCUUUAAUGCACAAAAACGGAGAAAUUAUCAUGAGAUGUUGCUGAGUGAGGAUUCGUGCAUUUUUAUGCAUGUAUUUUUAAUAUAAUUUUAACUCCAUACAUAAAUGUUUAGUUUUGUUCAGAGUGUGAGUCUGUGCUCACUGUCUCAAAUGUUAAAUUACUUCCAGGUUUUUGAUUAUAGCUUAGUGAUUUGACCUCAUAAAAUGUCAAAUAUGACUGGUACAUUGUAAUUAUUUAGUAUGUUAGAGUUGUAGUUUUGCUUGAUCAUAAGCUUUAUUCAUGUAUUUGUGAUAGAAAUGAAUAAGGACAACGUGAAUGUAUUCAUGUUUGUUACUAUGGAUCUGUUUCAAGAAGCGUUAUGAUUGUAAUUGCCUGAAUUCAUCUGGAUAUGGUUAAUUAAACACAAUGAGGUGUUAAAAAUACAGUGUAUGUUUCUGUUGAAUCUGUUUUCUGGAAUUUGUUACAGCUGUGAGCAUAAUUGAGGAUUCAUAUGAACCUGUUGAUUUCUGUCAUGUCCCUCAUGAAGUGCUUUGUGUUAUUGGCUGCCGUUCACAAAAUAAGUUAUGUAAUGAUUUUUCCCCCUGAAAUGUUCUUUGUGCCGGUCAGAGGCAGCUUUUAAAAAAUGCUAGUUAUUUUUGGCACAAUCUCCAGUCGUUAAAUUGUUAAACUUGGCAGAAACUUUAAAGGAGAAAUAUUGAAAAAUAAA